AUGGUGGGGCACCUACAUUUACAAGCGAUGGAUGAUAGCCUGAAAGGAAAGAACCGGGAAGGGCUGCUCGACAGUCCGGAUUCGGGGUUGCCCCCCAGUCCCAGUCCGCCCUUCUGCUCAAUCUCCCCGGGUCUGAUCGAGUCGCGCUCCGGCAGCUGCACGACGCCCGUCGAAAGCCAUCAUGGAUAUUACAAAAAGGAGAGUAAAGAAGGCAAACUGCUGCCCUACCUGCUGCUUAACUCCACGAGCACAGACCCAAAGACUCGCAUGUACCCCGUGUUCUUCGGAGAAAGCAUCGAGGUCAACCCUAAACCAGAGCAGGAAAUCAAGUGCAACUCCGAGGUCAAGUACGACUCCGACAAGCAUUACCGGGACCAGGUGUACUGCGCCCCCGUUCCCACGGCAACCUCCUUCAGCGAGACAGUGGUGGCGGUGCGCAACUGCACUUGGAGGAGCUACAAGUCCCAGGUGUACCUGGAGCCGCGGCAGAAACCCAUCAGCUACCAGAGCACCACCAUCAUCUACCCAAAGCACGCCAAGAACACUUACCGCACCACGCUCAACUACAACGCCACGGGCUCCCGCCGCUGGUUUGUCUCCACGGUGCAGCUGGAGUCGAGUGAGGAUACUAGUCCCUGUAUCAUCUACACAGAGGACCUGUAGGGCCCAGACCGCACUGGGAGAGGGCUACCUGGUGAUCAUCUUGUUUGUUUUGGA